GCGAAUUCAUGCUGUGCAGUCACGCUCACUCGCACGUCAGUGUUGGACGCGUAAAUUUUCGCCGCCACAGACUAAUAAAUCUCUGUAUAAUUCUAACUGUUCAUUUAUGAUAAGUUAUUUCAAUUCGGAUACGCUGUGACAUUAAAGUGAUUUGAUAUAUUCAGAUACAGAUUUGGGACCGACUUCUUAAGAAAUUGAAAUGUCAACUUAUCGUUUUUAAAUAUCAUGUGACAUAAAAGGCCAAAAUGGAAGAAGAAAAUUCAAGUAAAGUCGUCGAUGUUAGUGGCCUUCCUCCGUCUGGCUCUAUGGUCAAUGAAACGAUUUCUAACGGAGAUGGAAAUUUAGAAAAUAAAACAAAUAACACAAAUGAUAACUCAAUUGCAGUGAUUAAAGAAGAAAGUGGUAUUAGUAUUGAAACUUUAGAGGGCUGUAAUAAUGAAAGUAUUCAUUUAAAAGAAUCAUUUAUAAGAAAUGGUUCUUGUGAAGCUAUUGAUGUGCGGUCAAUUAGUGACCUUGAUAGUUUACCGGUUGGAGAUGAGUUAGCACUCGGUGCUGCUGGAAGUGAUAGUGGUGUCGAGGGAUGUGGUCGAGCUCUGAGCAGUGGUGGAGGAUCCCGUUCUUGUGCUUCUAGCGUUGUGUCUUGUGGUUCAGGUUGCGGAUCUGAAAGUUCGUCCUUAGCAGGUGCUCCUCCUCGACCCCGUCCUCGAAUGAAUGUAACUGUGACUGAACCGAAAAGAAGUUCACCCGUCGGUACGUCAACUCCUCGUCCGGCGACAGCACCUCGUGGACCUAACUUGGCAACUCGUGAACGGGCAAGAAGUCGAGAAAAACCAACACCGCCAGAAAAACCCCGACCAUUGACACCCAAACCACGCAUACGACCGACUGCAGAUCUUCCCAAUCUGGUCCGCGAGAGUCCAGCUUUACGUGCCAAACCUACAAAAACGUCUACUGCAAGAUGUAGAACACCAAAUUCACCAGUAGACGAGAAAAAAUGGCCUACUAACGGACAACGACUUCCCGUUGCAACCGAUGUAUCUGCUACUCGAGUAGCAGCAGAUAAAUAUGGCACGCUACCGAGAAGAAGGCGAGAGGCAGAUCCAGACUCGUCUCCAAAACAUGAAAAUACACCACCUUCCAGGAGACCUACUGUAGCUCGUUCCGUAUCUUCGCGUUCGGUGACGAAGACGCGGGUGAGGAUUUAUGCCGAAAAAGUUUCGCAGACUGUGUUGUGCGGAACCGAUAUCGACUCGGCUUUUGCAGGAAUCGUGCCAAAUAUAGAGAGUCGCAUAGAAGUGACUCGAUGUCACCGUGGUGUUCAAGCGAGCGCUCGCGAUACGGAGAAUGCACGUUUGGUAGCGGCGGCCGUCGCGGCAGAGGCUGCAGCGACUGAAGAACGAGAGAGGAGGCUCCACGCUGAGUCUCAGCUGGCUGCGGAACGCUCUGCGAGGCUAGCAGCUAUAUCUGAACUGGAGAGAAACUCACAAAGACUGUUGGAACUUGCCGGCGCUGGCGCCGGUGCCAACGCAGAUGGUUGUCUUCGGGCAUUAGAGGAACAGUUGCGGGCGGCCGGCGAGCUCGCUACGAGACAGCGUGGCGAGAUUGACUCGUUACGGGAGCACUGCGAUAAGUUGCAUGCGGAGGCGUGUCACGGACGGGAGACUUCUCGAGUGCUGUCCGCGCGGCUGGCGGAGGCGGAGCGCGAGGCGGCAGAGAUGCAGGACUUCCUCGCCGCGGAGACCGGCGCGCUCGGGGACUCGCUGCGGGACGCGGAGGCCGAAAUCACGCGGCUCAGUGCGGAACUUGAGCGCAGACGUGGCGAGUGCCGGCAACUGGUGCGCAUGUGCGAGCAGCGGCGCCAGGAGGCGCUGGCGGCGGGCGCGCGCGCGCGGGGCGGCGCGGGCGCGGCGGCGGCGCUGGACGCGCUGUCGCGCCGCCUGCGCGCGCUCACCGAGGCCGUGCGCGCCGCCUACUCGCUGCCGCACCACGCGCUGCAGCAAACCGUCUAUCAUAAUGAAGCUUACUGCAGUCGCAGCGACAGCGGCGAGACUCUGUCCCCGGAGGACGAGUCCCGCGGCGGGCUGCUGGGCGCGGUGGCCCGCGCGCUGCGCUCGGCCGCCACGCCGCUCGCGCACGCGGCCGCGCCCGCGCACGCGCACGACGACGAGCGCUCGCGCAUGUCCGACGACAACGACAACUCCGCCGACCUGCUCGACUCGGAGACGGAGCCCUGUCUCGUUACUGACCCAGAAUAUGCGGAGGAAUGGUGGUCGGGCGCUGAAGGCGCAGGCGCCUGGAGCGGCGAGGAGCUGUCGCCCGAGAGAGAGUAUUGCGGGGAUAUAGAUAAAGAGGGCGAUGCGUCGGUGGAGGCGGAGGGGGACGGGUCGGGCUCGGGCUCGGGCUCGGGCUCGGCGGAGUGCGCGUCGGAGCGCGAGUCGCUGCGCGCGCUGUCGGCCGCCAUCGCGGCGCGCCAGCGCUGGGAGGCGGCGGGCGAGCGCGCGGCGCGCGGCGCGCUGCUGGAGCGCGUGCUGGCGCUGGACGCGCGCCUGGCCGAGCUGCUGCGCGCGCUCGCCGCCGCCGCCGCGCGCCCCGCCGACCUGCCCGCCGCCGCGCUCGCGCACGCGCUCCGAGAUAAAAUAGAAGUGACCGAGAAGAACGUAGCGGAUGUCGUGGUCAAAAAGCUGGCCGAACUGGACGCUUGCAAGAGCCUCAUGGAGCAGUACCAACAGUCUAUAGAAGCGUUAAAAAGUCAACUCGCCCAAUACGGUGAAGAGGAUGAAAUCAAACUGUUCGAACAGGAGCUGGCGGAGUGCGACGAGGACGAGCGGCGGCGGCGGCUGCAGGCGCUGGAGGCAGCGCUGGGAGCGCUACCGGCGGCGCCGCGAGCGCUGCCGCUAGCGCGCACGCUGCAGCGCCUCACGCGCUCGCUGGCGCCCGCCGCCUGCACCUAGGACCGUGCUUAUGCUAAACUACUAAAUUCCCCGUCUAUAAUAUCGCGCUUUAUUUGCAUAUUUUCUUCUCAGCGCGCUUAAUUUUAUCCUGAAUCCGGCUCCUCGAUGCAGUCUCGCUUACAAAAUUUAAUAACACGUUAGAAUAAAAAUAUUAAGAAUCAAAAGGAAGAGCGUAACUCGCUAGUUCGAUUGUUGAUAUAUUGUGUUCACUUCCCAUAGUCUCGGAUUGUACAACUGUCUGGUCCGCUGGUCAGCUUACUGAUAAAAUUUAUAUUUUAAAUGUCUUCACAAAUAGUCCACUUCCAUGGUUACGAGCAUAGUAUGUAAAAAUAAUUAUCUUCAUUGUGCUGAUACGAAAAUAAUCUUAAGGCUUAAUAUCGCUUUAAAUACCCGUGGAAGCGGUCGAAUAUAAAAUAAUAUUACGCAAUUAUUUUUUCUUCCCACCAAAUUUAAUAUUACAGGAGUUAAUAGACUAUUACUUACAUAUACUGUUUAUAAACAUUAAUAAUAUUAAUCAUUUAAUUAAAUCAAGCAAUGCUUUUUAAUUCUACAAUAGUA